GGCGGGCGCCCGGGGAGCCUGGUGCUGGCAGCGGCUCUGGCGCUUAGGGGACCGAUGUCGCUGCCGCUGCCGCUGCGGCCGCCUCCUCGCGGGCCGGAGCUGCGUCGCUCCGGCUGAGCUGCAGCCGCAAGCCGCAAGUCGAGCGGCCGCUGGGUUUGCCCGCAAGACUGGAGGAUGGGCUGCGGCGGGAGCCGGGCUGAUGCCAUCGAGCCCCGCUACUACGAGAGCUGGACCCGGGAGACCGAGUCCACCUGGCUCACCUACACCGACUCGGAUGCGCUGCCCAGCGCCGCCGCCCCGGACAGCGGUCCGGAGGCGGGCGGCCUGCACGCGGGUGUGCUGGAAGAUGGACUGUCCUCCAACGGUGUGCUCCGACCUGCUGUCCCAGAGAAGAAGAUGACCUGUGGGACACAGUGUCCCAACUCCCAGAGCCUCAGCUCAGGCCCUCUGACCCAGAAACAGAAUGGCCUUUGGACCACAGAGGCUAAAAGGGAUGCCAAGAGAAUGUCUGCAAAAGAAGUCACUAUUAACGUUACAGAGAAUAUCCGACAGAUGGACAGAAGUAAAAGAAUCCCAAAGAACUGCAUCGAUUAGCAGUGCCUGGAUGUAGGAGCAGAUGAACUCUUUGUGGAGCCUAAUCAAGAAUCUUAAGAAAGAAGUGUCACUUGCUAAACAUGGCUGCCUCUGCAUAUCUGUAGCGGUGGCUUGACCAGGCAACACACAGCCACCCGUGCUGUGAGGACCUUCUCAGCUUCCUGCUUAUCACGUGCAAAAAAAAAAAAAAAAGAAAAAAAGAAAAAAAAGAAAGUAUGGAAAAGUUCUGAAAUAUGUUCUGAAGCUGCCAAAAAUGUGGUUUGUUUUUCCCCAUUGCAGCUUCUGCAGCCUGGUUAGCCAUGGUAGCCAUGGUGAAAUUCACGGGUCUGUGAGUGACACAGACAAAGAGGAGUGAAUUUCCUGGGGCGAGGAUCACCAGGUAGUGUGAAGCUCGCACACAGCGUGUGGUCUUCCACAGGCCCCUUCUUUCCUCCUUUGUAAGAACAGCUAUCACAAAACCUACUGUUUCCACCGUGGAGUUGGCUCUCAUCCAACUCUAACCCAGAAACAGAAAACCCAAAAAAAAAAAACCCAGAAAAACUCAGUUUGAGAUAGAUCGAUCCCAGUGGCACACGUCGAUGUCACCAGGGCCCGCAGAGUAUCUGUGAGAGGUGUCCAGGACAGUCACACCGGCUUGUACCUGGAAAGGCCUCCCAGGGUGGCAUCUGGACACUGGCCUCCAAAUCAGAAUAUGGCAAUGUCUGUGGCCAUCGCAUCUAACCUGCUGGCCCUCUGGGAUCUAAUUACAUGUGGCUUUUCCUCAUAGCUUUCUGGUUCCCUUUUAUUCUCAUGACCUCCAGUCAGGUCACGCACAGUUGUAAUCCAAGACUGGAUACCGCUCAUGGGAGGGAAGUGACUUAGGAAGACAGGGUGGGGCACGUGAUGCCCCCGUGACUUUUCUGCAUACAGCCCCAAGGACUAAGGUUUCUGCAAAAUAGUUGGUUUUGGAAGCCAGAACCUGGCUGACGUAUAUUCAUGUUGACAUAUGACAACAGGCAGCCAAGUGAAAUGAUGUUUGGAGAGGAAUAUUUUGUCUAGCAUUUUGAAAUACAUCUUCCUGCAAAGGAUAACGUAGCACGAGUUUGAGAGGCCUGUUAACGUGCUUGGGCUUAGGCAAGGAGUAGUCUGAGACGCAUUAAACUGUACCAACAAACUGCACAUCAGCAGCCGUAGCAGCCUGCUGACGUGUUUAUACGGCGCAGGCCAAGAGAAGUAGCCUCGGCAGACUAAAAUGAGGGUGUCCACUCCUUUCUCCGGUAUUAUUUCUCCAACCGGGUAGAACGGUAGAUUGCAUCUUAGUUAGUAUUAAACAUUCACUGCCAACCUUGUGCCAGCUACGGUAACAGAUGUGGGAGAAUUUGGAGUCUGGGCAGUCACGACACCACCUUCUGACUCUGUGGGUGAGCUUGAUACUCAAGAGACCGAAUUGGACCCGACCGCACAGGACCAAUUACGGCAAUGGAGUCUCAGCUUUGGUUAAAGGUAACUCUGUCAAUCACAAGUAUAGGUGUUUUCCUGAUCUCUGACCAUGCCUUUGCUGUAUACCCCACAGUUUCCCCAAACCUCUCUCAUCUUGACUCCUUGUCAAAGGGCUUUUAGGGAACUUCAUGUUCUGACAAUUUAACUGAUAAAACAGAAGCAAGCCCCAUGACUCCCGUGUCCUUGUGGCACUGCUCGGCAGGCGUCCUGCCACCAGGUUGGCAGCGGUGCCAUCCUGCGAUCUCAAGGGCUUGCUCUCCAGGGCAUGCGCGCUGUGUUUUGACAUGCUGCUUCCCCAGCUGAUGAGCUGUCAGCCACAGGCUGAGGCCAGCUUCUCCUCCCGACUCUGUGUUUGCCUGGGUUCACUGAUGCACGUUGUUUGGAAUUUACCAUCUGCAAAAGUUGCCUCUGCAUAUAAUAGCAUCCUCGCUUCAGAGAAGAAGGGCUGCAGGGAGGGCCGAUGAUCUGGCCACGGCGUUGAGAUUUCCAUCUGGCAAUUUUUAAGACGGGAACUGAUUCUUACUAUCCUAUUGGAUAACAUUUUCCAUUUCGGAGUUUGUGUCAAUAAAGUCAUUAAUUUCAAACAUG